AUGUUUGCCUUUCCAUCAGUGUAUCCCAAAUGCCACAGAAAAGAGCGCUCAGCACUGUUGCAAUUCAAGGAAAGCUUUAUUAUUAGUGGAUAUGCUUGCAAAUUCCCUUUUGCUAAUCCCAAGGUCGAGUCUUGGAAGCUCGAAGGAAAUGUUAGUGAUUGCUGCUCAUGGGACGGUGUCAAGUGUGAUGAGGAUACUGGUCAUGUGAUUGGCCUUAACCUCAAUGCUAGCUGUCUCUACGGUUCGAUAGGCUCCAACAGUAGUCUCUUCCACCUAGUACACCUUCAAAAGCUCAACCUCGCCAACAAUGACUUCAAUGGUUCUCAGAUACCUUCUGCGUUAGGUAAUCUUUCUGAGCUAACAACUCUCGACCUCUCGAACUCCUUAUUUUUUGGCAAUAUUCCUUCAGAAAUUUCCAAGCUGUCCAGAUUAACUUACCUUGCCCUGUAUUCCAACUAUAAUCCAUUUUCUGAAAGGUUUUUGAAACUUAAAAUGCCUUACCUGAGAAGCCUAGUGCAAAACUUAACCAACCUAGAAUUUCUUGGUCUUGGUUCUGUCGAUAUGCCAUUCCCGAUACCUAAUAUAUUUGCAAAUUUCUCCUCAUUGAAAUUUCUCACUCUCGUUAAUGUUGGACUGCUUGGAAAAUUCCCAGAGACAAUCUUUCAACUUCCAAACCUUCUGUCUCUUCAGGUGGGGCGCAAUCAAGAUCUCACCGGUCACUUACCUGCCUCUAUAGGAAACCUCCGUUCCUUGAAAGCUUUGGCUAUCGAUUCUUGCAACUUCUCAGGAGUGAUCCCAUUUUCACUUGGCAAUCUUAGCAGGCUUACAGUGUUGGUCCUUGGAAAUAACUCUUUCAGGGGCCAAAUACCUUCUACGUUUGCAAACCUCACUCAGUUGACUCAGCUGUCAUUUGGGUUGAACAACUGGAGCGGCACAGUUAACCUAGACGCAUUUCUUCCUCUGAAAAGGUUAAGAACACUUGACUUAUCCUUUAGCAACUUAGUUUUUGACAGCAAAACUAGCACCAAUGGAACACUUCCAAAGCUUGAAGUUUUAUCACUAGCAUCAUGCAGCCUAAAUCACUUCCCUCGCUUCUUGCAGAAACAAAAUAAAUUGACAUGGUUAGAUUUAUCCUCUAACAAUCUGCACGGAAAAGUUCCCAGUUGGAUGUGGACAAUGAGUACAGAAACACUAGAACUGUUGGACCUCUCUCACAAUUUUCUAACAGGCCUUGAUCAACCAACAGCUGUUCUUCCAUGGUCUCAGUUGCGUGUUUUAGACCUCAGUUCAAACAUGCUCCAAGGCUCACUUCUAGUUCCUCCAUUCUCUACCAUUCAUUAUUCAGUCUCAAACAAUUCAUUGGCUGGGAAUAUCCCACCAUCAAUUUGCAAAGUUGAUGGUGAGGACCAGUUAAUAUACAUGCAGGCAGAUACAAGUAUCAGCAUAAAUGGUCAAUGGAUGCCACAUUAUUUUGCGUAUUCAAUGACUUUGACAAACAAAGGUUUGGAGAUGGAUUAUGAAAAGAUCUUAGAGAUUUUCAUAUUCAUCGAUCUAUCAUGCAACAAAUUCGAAGGAGAGAUACCAGAAUUCAUUGGGAAUCUAAAGGGGCUUCGUUUGCUCAACCUUUCCGACAACAUUCUCUCGGGUUUCAUCCCAUCAUCCAUUGGAAAUCUAGCAAAGCUUGAAGCAUUGGACUUGUCUCAAAACAGGCUUUCUGGGAAGAUCCCACAACAACUUGUGCAGCUCACUUUCCUGGAAAUCUUUAAUGUGUCUCAUAACCAUCUGGCAGGGCCAAUACCAAGAGGAAAUCAAUUCAAUACAUUUCAGAACAAUUCAUUUGAUGGAAAUCCAGGACUCUGUGGGGUGCCAUUGUCGAAGAAAUGUGGAAAUCUCAACGCCUUGACUGCUCCGGCUCUGGCUCCAGCUGAUGAACCAUUAAGACUUGACUGGAAAUUUGUUGCGAUUGGGUAUGGAAGUGGAUUUGUCGUUGGAGUGGUUAUGGGACACAUCGUAACCAAAAGAAAACAUGAUUGGUUCAUGAAGUCUUUUUGGAUUGGGCAACAACGAAGGCAAAGACGCACAUGGAGGAGACGCGGUAACUGA